CCACAUGUAUGUUAGAUUAUAUUUAACAGCUAACAUACAUGAAUAGUUUUUCAUGGUGAUGUGUCAUUUCACAUAAAAUGAAAAUGGGUUUUGUUUUUUUAAAUUAUGGCUGUAAAAGAAACUCAUCCUGUUCGGGAAGCUCUUUUAGCACAUGGGUGUGUUAAAGACAAAGAAUUCACGAGAGAUACUCCUGUGUGCUUUAAACGUGACUCUGAGUCACGCUGCACUGCUGUAUGUGGACGCUGCCUUAUUCAUCACCAAGAAGUCAAGUAAAUAGAACAAACUUUUCGGCAAGUGAGAAUCAAACCAAGAUUUCCUCACUGUUCUCCCCAAAUUAAUCUCUGCUGAGUACCAGAGGAAGUGGUCACAGUGCUGUGUUGCAGCCAGAGAUGAGGACUUUCAUGCCCAUAGCUUGUAUAAGAAGGAGGCGUCGCACCAUCUUCCUCGUUCUGGCUGUAUUUAUCUUCCUGCUACGUUACGUCAAUGUUCUGAAGGGCACCAGCCAGAUUCCCCUAAAAGUUUCCAAUGUCCCCAAAGUGCCUCACAGCUUCUGCACCUUCCAACCACUGUCGCCUGAGGAAGACGUGGAGGAGCGCUCCCUACUCGACUCACUUACUUGGCCUAAAACUCCAACUCUGUCAGCUCGUCACCCUCUGAAGAUGACCAUUAAUCCAGCUCACAGCACCUUCACCAUUCUCCCAAGGAGGGGAGGAGGACAGUGGCGUGUAGGGGAUCAGCUGGAGGUCAUGAUAAAAAUGUCUGACUUCCAGGACCAUCCCAGGAAGUUUGGGGGGGACUUUUUACUCGCCAGACUGCACAACAUGGAUCUUGGUGCAGGUGUGGCUGGACAAGUGGUGGAUCAUCUCAAUGGGAGAUACUCUGCUGUGUUCUCUUUACUCUGGGAAGGAGACGCACAGGUUGAGGUGACACUGGUUCACCCUGGUGAGGCUGUCACAGUGCUGAAAAGAUUGAACAAAGAUAAUCCUGACAGGAUUUACUUCCAGAGCGUGUUCCGUUCAGGCUCCAUCGCUGAAACUACCAACUGUAACAUCUGUCUACGUCAAACCCAAAGGCCAAUCUGCAACUACACUGACCUCCGUACAGGCGAGCCUUGGUUCUGCUACAAGCCAAAGACCCUGAGCUGUGACAACAGGAUCAACCACUUCAAGGGAAAAUACAGAUUCCACAUGAGGCCCAAUGAUAAGAAUCUUUUUCAAAGUGGUGUCAACAUGAAAGUCCUUAUUCCAGCUUCAGGACCUGCCAAUGUCACUGUAUUGCCAAAAGAGGAAGGUCAACCAGAGGUGAAAAUCAGCAGUGUAACAUCUGGACCCUCUGGCUAUUACUACUAUGGUAUGUGGCGAGCACUAAAUGGAACCACAGUUCAACAAUUCAACACCUCCUUGGCCAUACGUCAGUGCCUGAAAGGCAAAGUGGUCCACAUGUAUGGAGACUCCACCAUCAGGCAGUGGUUUGAAUUCCUCAACGAAGCACUACCAGAUCUUAAGGAGUUUGAACUGCACAACCUAAGGAGAAUUGGACCUUUCAUGGCCUUGGACUAUGAAAAAAACAUCAUGGUGACGUUUCGCUGCCAUGGUCCUCCUAUCCGUUUUACCAGGGUCCUAACCAGUGAGCUUCAUUACAUUGCCAAUGAACUAGAUGGCGUAAAAGGAGGCCACAACACUGUCGUAGUCCUUGGCAUCUGGGCUCACUUUGGCACUUUCCCUAUGGAGGUCUACAUCCGGCGGCUGCAGAACAUUCGCAAGGCAGUGGUGCGGCUGCUGGACAGGGCUCCGGGCACGCUGGUUGUCAUCCGGACCGCAAACCUCCAAAAUUUGACACUUGAAAGUGCAAUAAUCAACAAUGACUGGUACUCGCUUGAGCGUGAUUAUGUGCUCAGGGCCAUGUUCAAAGGACUCAGUGUUCAUCUGAUCGAUGCUUGGGAGAUGACCUUGGCCCACCACCUGCCGCACAGCCUCCAUCCACCAACUCCCAUCAUAAAGAACAUGAUUGACGUUCUCUUGUCCUACAUAUGCCCUCCAAAGGGUGGAUAGAUGUCUUUUUGUUGGGAGGGGGAUUGAAGCACACCCUGAGUUUACAUGUUCUCUCUGUGUUUCUAUCAUAGAGGAUAAAGAUGGACAACAUAACAGCUCCCCAAAAGUGAAGCCAAAACAUCUUGAUAUUAUGAAGUUUACACUCUUUUACUGUCAUAUCUUGUUUUAUAUGUGAAGAUAAGGGAGUAAUGUGUCGUUACUCAUUCUUAUUUUCUAGGUAAACAAACAAUAAGGCAUAGGGGUGCAACAUAUUUACAUUAAACUGUUCUUAUUUUUCAUGAA